GAGGGAGAAAAAGACACAAGUAGAUUGAGGAAGGCACACAGGUCCACCUACAACUGACCUCAGCAAUUAAUAAAUCCUUGAUCAAAAUGCUGAACCCCGUUGUACUACUAUAAAUUUCUCAGCCAGGUGAAAGGAAAUUAGAUCCUGAUCAAAAUGCUCGGUUCAGAUAGGGAAUGCAGGUAGCUGAUGAAGCCUCCUUUGUUCUAGAAAAAUGGAAGGUGAUAAGUUGAGGACGAUUGACUGUUUGAGAGGGAGGCUGCUGGCUGAGAGAGUGGCUUCUAAGGCUGCCAAGGAGGAAGCAGAUAAGUUAACCACGAGGUUGCGAGAGUUGGAGGGGAGGCUUGCUGAAGAGAUCAAAUGCAGAGACAGAGCUGAAAGGAAGCUGAAGAAAGCUAUGAAGAAAUUGGAAUCUACCAAGGUUUUGGAUGGCAACAAUCAAAUGGCAAUGCCUUUGAGUUCUGUCAGUUCUUCAUCCUCCCAGUGCCUUUCGGGCUUAGCGAAUGCUGAUAUGCUGCAAGAUGUCAAAAUGAGGCCUUGCUCUCUGGGAUCAAAGGAUCUUGUUAGAGAUGAUGAUGCCUCUGGGAGUUCAGUGGGGGAAUCGGUACGAGAUGGCAAUAAGUUGGCACUUGUUCCAGUAGGGGAUCAACUGGAUUUACAAGUUAGAGAGGUCGAUGACAUCGACGACAAUGUGCAGGGUGUUCUUAUGGCACUGAGAAACGCCAAAGAACAAUUGAUUCGGUCAUUAAGGAUGAGAGCUGAUAUUUAUUCAUCGAGAGAUUACUUAGCUUACCAGAGAAUUAAACUGCUAUAGCAAAUUGGAGUCACAGGAUUUAGCUGGUUGUAAAUAGUCUGUUCACUUUUUUUCUUUCGAGCGAGUGAUUUGUCUUCAUCCUCCUCGUCGUCAUCCAAACAUAUUUGUCUCAAUUAUUUAGGAUUUUGUUACUUGAAUUUCA